CUCAAUCUUGCCCAUAAUUCCUAUCUUCCACAUCCACCCUGUCCUUAUCCAUACCCAUUCUUUGCUUGCUGUAUAAAUGGACCUGGACCAUGGAUAUAUGUGCUUCCAACAACACCACAAUGGAGACCAAAUAGGAGCUGGCUUGGAAUGGAUAUAAAUAGAGUUUAUCUACUGAUUAUUCUCGUUGUGAGCCCUUACAUGAGCUGGAUGACUUCAAAAAUAAUGUGUGACCAUCGGAUCAUACUUGUCUAUGUGAACCGCACCAGGACUAUGGAGAGCAUGGUGGCACAGUGCAUAGAACAAACCACUCUACUGGUUCCAAUUACUCUUCCAAGUGUUGAAGUCAGAAUUACAGAAUGGCAGAAUAUGACGGCAGCUCAACAGGGGACUGAGGUCUUCUCACUUCUGAAACAUAUGCUAAAUGUCACACAAAAUAUAAAGACUACGGAGUGUUUUUCCAAACAGAUAAAGAAACUGCAGCACAGUGUAAGAGAAAUUCAAGGUCUUGUACAUAGAGCAUGGAGGUUUGCAAACAACAACACUAAUCUUAAUCCGGAAUCAAAUAAUGGUUCAUAUCACUUACGGUACACAAACUCUUCAGACAUCACGGACAUCUUUAAAAAUUUUUCCAAACUUCUUCAGGGUAAAGUGACUUUUCUUAUGCAGACCCUAAGAGAAGGCAACUGCUGAUGAUUGCUAGUGAACCAAAUGUAA